UCAAUUUAUCUGCGCCGCGAAGCAGGGUAUCGAGUUUCUCUUUCAAGUUUCAGGAGCAACUCCAAAAGAGAGAGAAUUGUUUGUUCCGAGAGUCGCAGUGAGGGAAAAUGAAGACGGCCAUGGCUGCUUUAUUGAUUCUCUUUUCGCUUCUAACCGUUUCCACACAUUCAAUGGACGAUCAAAGCUUUGAUAUUCGGCAACACCUCUCCACCGUCACCAGAUAUGGUGCGGGGAAAGACAUAGCUGACAAUUCGUUUGUUCCUUCUGAUAUUCCCGAUCGAUGUACUCCUAUCCACUUAAAUCUUGUGGCAAGACAUGGAACUCGUUCUCCUACCAAAAAGCGAAUCAGAGAGUUAGACAAUCUGGCUACCCGUUUGGAAGUGCUUAUAAGAGAUGCUGAAGAACGCAAACUGUCUCUGCAGAAAGUUCCUACCUGGUUACAGAGAUGGAAAUCUCCUUGGAAAGGAAAACUGAAAGGUGGAGAAUUGAUUAGUAAAGGAGAAGAAGAGUUGUAUGAUCUUGGAAUCAGGACUAGAGAAAGAUUUCCCGAGUUAUUUAACGAGGAAUACCACCCUGACGUGUAUGCUAUAAGAGCAACCCAGGUUCCUCGUGCAUCAGCUAGCGCAGUUGCAUUUGGCAUGGGUCUGCUUAGUGAGAGAGGCACUCUUGGCGAAAAGCGUCAUCGAGCUUUUGCGGUUACCAGUGAAAGCCGUGCUAGUGACAUAAUGCUGAGGUUUUUCGAUUGUUGUGAGAAUUACAAGGUUUAUAGGAAAAGGCACGAACCUGCUGUUGAUAGACUUAAGGAACCUGUACUGGAUGAAAUUACGACUGCUUUGGUUAGGCGAUACGAGCUGAAUUUCACUAGGCAGGAUACUUCUUCUCUCUGGUUUCUGUGCAAGCAGGAGGCCUCCUUGCUAGAUAUAACUGAUCAAGCUUGUGGUCUCUUCAGCCCGUCUGAGAUUGCUUUGCUGGAGUGGACGGACGACUUGGAGUUUUUUAUACUAAAGGGCUAUGGUAAUUCAUUGAACUAUAGAAUGGGAGUACCAUUGCUGAGAGAUGUUGUUCAAUCCAUGGAGCAAGCCAUCAUGGCUAACGAAGAAAACCAUGCUCCUGGAAGUUAUGAGAAGGCAAGACUUCGCUUUGCCCAUGCAGAAACUGUGGUUCCAUUUACAUGUCUGCUUGGGCUUUUCCUUGAAGGAUCUGAGUUCCAACAAAUACAGAGGGAAGAACCUUUGCAGCUUCCUCCAAGGCCUCCCCAAAAUAGAAAAUGGCGGGGCAGCAUUGUAGCACCUUUUGCUGGGAAUAACAUGCUGGUUCUUUACAGUUGUCCCAACAACACAUCAAGCAAGCACUUUGUACAAGUUCUACACAAUGAACAUCCCAUUCCAAUGCCAGGUUGUGGUGACGCUGACUUCUGUCCAUUUGAAGUUUUUAAGGAAAGAAUAGUUGCUCCUCAUUUAGAGCAUGAUUAUAAUACGGUCUGCAGUGUAAAAGUGGAACAACCACAGCAGAAAUCUCUAACCACCAGCAUCAGCUCCGCCUAGCAGAGUUCAUUCUGGGUUGGGGUUGAUUGCAUUGCUAACAUGGACAUUGCUUUUUGACACAAUGAAUUGGCUGUUUGGAUUCCAUAAUCUGAUCAAGAAGUUUAUAUGAAGCAUCUGAUCCAGAUUUCAACCCUUCCAGUUAUUCCGUAUUUGACGGGGAUAGGAUUACGCAAGUGGCUGAUCAGCUCGCCCUUCUAGAGGAGAACCUCCUAUCAGAUGGUUGAUAGUUUUACUUGUUAGACAUAUUUCAUGGCACUGAACGAGUCCUAUAAUUUUUGGCUCAUAUUUGAUGUGCGUGUAGUUGCCAAAUGCCUCUUUGUGGGGAAGGAAUCAUCUUUCUUCCUUCGCAACCUGCAGAGAGUUUAAUUUGCUGUUAGAAACAGUGAGACACUGUACUUGGAUGACCACUAUCUACCGUCACAGGCAUAUUAACAGAGAGGUGGUUAAGGCUUUGUUUUUAACUGUCUUUGGACUCUUUUUUUUUACUGUGCAAGUGUCAUAUAAGCUGGUGCUAAUGUGGAUGCCUCCCAGUCUAUUAAAACAUUGAGGUAAUGUACGUUUAAUCCUAUCUCCAAACUUCGAGUUUA